AUGUCUACAAGCGCUCAAGCCCUCCCUGGCGCACCAACGCCCCUCUACCUAGCCAUACGCGUUAUAACCGAUGCGGCUUAUCAGCCGGUAAUCAAUCUAUGCGCUAUCACCUACGCCGACGAGCCAUCAGGAUGGGAACGAGAAGAUGACAUCCAGCCCGAACCGCUCUUUGACCAACACGGCAACGAAAUACAAAGACAUGAAUGGAUCUACGCCUCUGCUCUUUUCGCGCUAGCUCCCUACACUCGCCAUAUGAAAAUCACCGUACGCUGCUGGGACGACCCCGACUCAGAUAUACGACUAAGUAUCAUCGCAGCUGAUGAACACAAACACCUGGCCGAAAGGAUUGUGCAAGAGGACAUCGACCACUUUGUUGACACGGAAAUACACAAACCAGACGGCCAAAAGCCACGCCUGAUACACGAGAUGACCGGUGUGGCUUUCCGUGCAGCAAUCCUAGAUCCAGUGACUGGAUGGAGGUUCGCUUGGUCUUUACUGGAGUUAAAUACGUCUAACCACAGCGCUCACCCGGUGGGUAGGCGCACUCUGCAGGAAGAACAGGAGCUGGAGAGAGAGAGGCUACAGGACGUGGAGGAGGAGUUCGGGCGUGUGGAGGAAGGCAAGAGGGAGAGACUGGAGCUUCAUGGCGGGUUGGACUUGGUCGAGGUAGACAUGGGGCUGGAGGAAGUGGAGGUGCACAUAAGGGCGGAACCGAGGGUCAAGGGUGAGAAAGUAAAGAUGGAAGCGAAGAUGAAAGAAGUCAAGAAGGAGAAACCAGAGUAG